AUGGUGGAUGCAAUGAUCUUCAUCCACCUCUUCUAUCGUAUCCUAACCUCCCUGUUGCUUUACAUCAAUGAUUUCAUAACAGAGACUCUCAAAGAAGGCCCCAUCCCACGCCAUGUGGCUUUCAUCAUGGACGGGAAUCGCCGAUAUGCAAAACAAAACUCAGUGACCGUCGCCGAAGGCCACUCAGCCGGUGCUAGCACAUUGAAACAGAAUCUGGAUCAAUGCUUCACACUUGGCAUUGAAGUAAUCUCGCUCUACGCAUUCAGUCUUGAGAACUUUAAGCGACCCCAAGAGCAAGUCGAUACUCUGAUGCGACUGUUAGAAAGCUCUCUCCUACAAAUUCACGGACCGAACACAUUCGUCGAAAAACACGAUGUUCAAAUACGGGUCGUUGGGAGACUGGAAUUGUUGGAUGAGAACGUUCUGAGUGCUAUUGCUAGGACUAUGGAUGCGACCAAGGAUAACAAGGGCAAGGUCUUGAAUAUCUGUGUUGCUUACACGGGCAGGGAUGAAAUCGCGACUGCCAUCAGGGAGACUGUCUUUGGCUGUGGAUCUCCUGCUAAGAUCAAGGAGAGCUCUUUGACGGAUAAUAUGUUUAUGGAAGUCCCUGUGGACUUGAUGAUACGUACUUCUGGGGUAUAUCGGUUAAGUGACUUCAUGCUGUGGCAAUGUCACCAGUAUACUCCCAUCGAGGUUGUUGAGAGGAAUUGGCCUGAUUUUGGCAAAUUUGACAUGGGGGUGAUCUUAUUGCGGUGGCAAAGACGGAGAAAUCGAGUGUUGAUAUCUAGCACAGAGGGCCAUAUCUGA